AUGCACAACCUCGGAUACUUUGCGUGCAUUUUGCUUGGUCUCAUUUCAUUAGCUAGUGCCAGCUUAGAACCAUACGAAAAGUUAGGUAAAAAGAGAAUCUUUUAUGCUUGUACCAAUCAAAUAGUGUCAGAGGUUUCGUUCUGUCCACCAUUGGAGAGAGCUUGUCAAUGUGAAAACAAGAAUUACAUGGCCACCAUUGCUGGGUGUUUAAGAGAUGUUAACGACGAUUUAAACUUUACAAUCAAUUUCAUGCAUGAAAACUGUGUCUACUACAAUAUCACUGUCGCCGAUGAUUGGUAUGAUGAUGCUAUAAAAUUGUAUGAUGAAAAGGCAAAGUCUGCUAGUGAGAUACCAAACUUCAACAUAAGUGUACCAAUUGAUGUUCCUUUUAAAUUAAAUCAUACCAUGACAGGUAUAUAUCAAGAAUCAUUCAAAAGAUUUUACGACAAUUAUGAUGACUCAGUCAACUAUGGCGCUGGUAUGUUGGGUUAUUGGUUGUUGGUGUUAAUAUUGGGUGCCGUUUUCAACUGGACAAAAAUAUUGUUCCCAAAUUUCACCAAAAAGAUGACAAACCCAGUGGUUAAUUGGUGGAGGGAGUAUAUUUCCAUGCCUGCAACGUUCAGAAAGAAGAAGCUGCAGGAGCAAAACUUUUUGAGAUACUUUGGAUUUUUGAUCCCUUCAAGGCUUGAAUCUUUAGUUAUAUUUUUGUUCUACUGUGUUACCAUCUGGCUUCAUGCAAUGAAUAGUCAAGCUAUAGACGGAGACCCGGUAUUUGGCUCUAAAUAUGACGCUGAAAUGAGAUAUGUUUCCGAUAGGUCUGGUAUUACUGCAACUUUGAUGAUGCCAUUGGUCUUUUUGUAUGCUGGAAGAAACAAUUUCUUGCAAUGGUUGGUGCAAUGGGACUAUAGUACUUUUAUGGCAUAUCACAGACAUACAGCAAGAGUGAUGUUUGCCUUGGCAGUGAUUCAUUCGGUUGGUUACACUAUCAUUGUUAAAGACUACUAUGCUGAAGAUGCUGCUGAAACUUAUUUUUUUUGGGGUAUUAUUGCGACAACGGUGGGAGGUCUUAUCAUGAUUCAAGGUUUUUUUUACCUUAGAAGAAGAUGGUAUGAAAUCUUUUUGUUUUUACACAUUGUUCUUGCUGCGGUAUGGGUAGUCGGUGUUUGGAUCCAUGUCAGGGAUUUGGGUUACAUC